AUGCAGACCAUCACUCUCGCUCUCGCCGCCUUCUCGGCUAUUGCUAAUGCUGCUCUCACCUACAACAUCACCCAAGCGACUCAGCCAGGAGAGUUCCAGAAGUAUCAUUGCUUGACAACAGAUGAGUGGAACAAGCGCCUGCCUGCUUGCGUCGUGCCUUGCCAGAUCAAGGCCAACCAGCAGGAUGGCUGUGCUUACGACGACUUCGCGUGUCAUAGCGUCAAUUAUUCUGUGUUCUCAGAGAUAAUCGAGCCUUGCGCCUUCCCACCUUCGCUUGGUGGCCACGGCACAUGCAGCCUCGAGGACCUCGGUCGUGUGCGUCCUCUUGUGCAGGACAUGGGCAACUGGUUCAAUGCCACCCUCUACACUGCCUACGCUGGCUGCCCACAAGAGCUUUCAAUCCUCAAGACGCUUGGGAUCGUUGCCAGGGAGAGGACCGUCAUCACUCAUUGA